ACCAUAAAGACUAUCCGAAAACGUACGCCCUGCACUGCAGUAGGGCUAGUAGCUUCAACCAUAACAGACGAAACACGGCAGCGACUCGACACCGUUAACUUUUGAAGAGUUCUUUCGUUGGCACGAUGAUCCUUCUCGCUCUUUUUAUCACGACCGCGGUGGCCACUCCGUUGCUGGGUACAGAGCAAUGUGCGCGUGGCCCCCCCUACUGGUGCCAGAAUGUAAAGACUGCCUCCAUCUGCGGAGCCGUGUCCCACUGCCAGCAGAACGUUUGGAACAAGCCCCAGAUGAAAUCGGUGCCAUGUGACCUGUGCAAGGAAGUGCUGAUUGUGGUGGACCAGCUGCUGAAGGACAACGCCACUGAGGCUGAGAUCCUGAGCUACGUGGAGAAGGCCUGCACCCUGAUCCCUGAUGAGGGCAUUGCUGACGAGUGCAAGGAGCUGGUGGACAGCUACUACCCCGUCAUCAUCGGCAUCAUCAAGGGAGAGCUGGAUGACCCCAGCGUUGUGUGCGGAGCCAUGGGCCUGUGUGUCAGCAUGCAGGUGGCGUUGGCCAAGGCCCAGACAGAGCUGCUGUCCAACGAGAUCCCCCAGCUGGACCUGGCCCAGAGGGCCGCUCCCUUCAUGCUCAACGUGCCCCAGCUGCUCUACCCCCAGAGCCCCAAGAAGGAGACGCCCAAGAAGGAGCAGCUCAAAGAGGAGGCUAAUGAGGAUGUGUGUGCGGACUGCGUGAAGUUCCUGACGGCCGCCCAGGAGGAGGCCAAGGCCAACGCCUCUUUUGUCGACUCCCUCAUCGCCCAGCUGGAGAGCCAGUGUGACCAGCUGGGACCCGGCAUCGCCGACAUGUGCAAGCAGUAUGUGAGCAUGUACGCUCCUCUGGUGGUCCAGCAGCUCAUGUCUAUGCAACCCCGUGACAUCUGUGCCCGCGCCGGGUUCUGCCAGGCCCAGGUCAAGUCCGUGCCCAUGGAGAAGCUGGUGGCUGCCAAGUUGAUCAAGUCCAUCCCCGCUGUGAAGAUGGUGCCCGCUGUGAAGAUGGUGCCCGCUAGCAAGGUGGAAGAGCCCAAGACCACCACGAAGCUGGUGCGUGCCCGUGACUCCCCCCAGUGUGCCAUCUGUGAGUUUGUGAUGAAGGAGGUGGAAGACAUGCUGUCCGACGAGACCACUGAGGCCGAGGUGAUUGCUACAGUUGAGAAAGUGUGCAGCGUGCUGCCUAAGACUCUGUCUGCCCAGUGCAAGGACCUGAUUGAGACCUACGGCCAGGCUAUCAUUGAGCUGCUGGUGCAGGAGGCUGACCCCAAGACUGUGUGCAACGUACUGGGACUGUGCAAGGACGCCUCCCGCCUCUACAUCCCUGCCAUGGACCAGGAGCGCUUCGCCAAGGGCGGCUUCUGUGACGUGUGCAAGAUGGCCAUCCGCUACGUUGAUGGAAUCCUGGAGCAGAACGCCACCGAGGCCGAGAUUGAGGACGCCGUCAGGAAGGCCUGCAACUUCCUCCCUGAAGCCGUACGCACCGAGUGUGACCAGCUGGUUGAGCAGUAUGAGCCUCUCCUGGUGCAGCUGCUGCUACAGAUGCUGGACCCCGACUUCGUCUGCAUGAAAGUGGGAGCGUGUCCUGAGGGCCUGAAGAGGCUCCUGGGGGUGGAGCAGUGCAGCUGGGGCCCCGCCUACUGGUGCAAGAACAUGGAGACCGCAUCACGCUGCAAUGCGGUGGCCCACUGCAAGCGUCAUGUGUGGAGCUAAACAGGAGCAUCAUGAUGAUCAUCACUCUCUCACACAAACACACACACAAACAUGCAAACACAUCUGGGAAUUUAAAGGAAAUUUUUGUCGUAGCGCUGCUUUCCUGUUUUUUUUAAAAAAAAAGAUAUGAUUCUCUUUUCUGCUUCUUUUUUUGUUCUGAGAAAAAGGAGGGAUUACGAUUUUGAAAUCAUGUAACUAUAUGUUGGCGCUAAUGUAAGAACAUGGAUGUUUUAAUGAAGGGAUAUCUACACCACACAAGUGGGGCGGGGGUGCCUUCGACAGGCACAGGGCACAUCUCUAAGACAAGGGGACUUGAUUAAUUUCUCUCUUUUUGCAUAUUUUAGGUUGUUUUAAUGUGAGCGUGUGUUUUCUUUGUGUGGUUGUGGAUGAAUGUGUGAGUUCAGGCAGGGACGAAACUAUUCACUGUAGUAUUGAAAUCUACUUGAGCAUUGCUAUAGUGCUUUUGGCUAAUGUAAUGGGCCACUGUUGGCCAUGUACGCAAAUACAGUUUUGUUUUUUGUUUUUUUUCUGUUGGGCUGUCAAACUGUCCCUAAGUCAUUGUGCCCCAUGUACAUGCACACAGAUCAUAGCCUAGUUUAAGGCCACCGGUCAAGCCUGGCUUGGAGAACAAGGUCCGAGACCUUAACAAGCAGAGAUGACCAUAACAAGAUGGCCGAACCCAAUGUCUCAAUUUUGGCCCCCAGUUAGUUUGCCUAGUAGCAGAAGUCACUCAAAAUGGAAGGACCUGUUAAGCCAGUGAUCAGAAUUUAGAAAUCUUUUUAUGCUGCUUUCUUUUUUUGUUUUUGUUUGUUUUACUUUCCCCUAAGCCAAUCGAUUUUGUCUCCCCUGAUUUCUAACUGUGCCAGGCACUGAUGAAGACAAGAGAGCUGGUUGAGUUCAUGUGGGUUAAUGCUUCAAAUCGAUGAUGUUUUUGUUGCAUUAAGGGAGGAAGGGGGUUUAUUGCACAUGUGGGCAUUUGGUGUUUUGGUUAAAAUGAGUGAAUGUACAUGUCUGCAUCCCUACGUUACUUUAAAAUGGACACCUACUGCUCGUGUGUUAUCAGUGUGUGUGUUUUUACCAUGUUAGACUGGCCUCAUUUGGCCACCAAUCAGCACCGGCUUCACUAUUUUUUUGAGUGUGUCUGAUGCGUCUGUAAAGAGAUUUUAACUGGAUUAAAAAACAACUCCAAAUCCA